AUGGAUGGGGCCACGGUGGCCGGCGACCUGCUGACUUUGGGCAGGUACGGUGCCCUCCCGGAGGUGGCGGCGUCUCGGGGCCCCGCGUGUGCGGACUUCAGGGCGCUGUGCGCGCGGCUGGCGGCCGAGCUGACGGCUCUGGGAGCUCUGGAGCGGCGAGAGGAGGGCACCGCAGUGCUGGGCGCUGGCCAUGGCCCCGAGUCAGAGGAAGAAUUCCUGCGGCAGUUGGCCGGCCUUCUCCGGGCGUUGCACUGCCCGGAUCGCGCGCUCUGCGGCGGAGACUGCGCCACCGUGCUGCGGGAGCCGGGCGGCGGCCUGCGCCUGCUGCGGUUUCUUUGCUCCGAGCUCCAGGCUGCCCGCCUUUUGCGUCUGCGGCUACAGCUAGAUCCUAGCCCUGUGCAGUCCUUUGGAGAAGGGACAAAGGAGGGGAAUGGCGCGGUUCAGGAGCUGAUGCUAACUCUUCAAGCACUGGGGCUCCCUAAACCCGUGCGUGGAACCCUGGCCAGCCAGCUUCUUCGGGAGUUUCACAACAAGAUCUCUGAGCUGCUGCCUUCCCUGCCCCCAGAGUCCAUGCGGCCCCUCCUUAGCUCCCCACUGGAUGCAUCACAAUGGGAAGCCCUGGAAUCUCUGUCCCAAAGCCUGACAGAACAGUACUGCUGCCGCCGCUGCCUUCUUCUGAAGCGUCUGGACCUUACAACGUCUGCUUUCCACUGGGGUGACCGUGCAGAGGCCCAAGGAGAGGCCAUGAAGGCAGUGCUAUUCCCAAUCCGAGGACUUCUGACUCCGGAAGCUGACAUCUCUGUUGCACAUGUUCUGGCUGCCCGAGCUGACCUUUCCCGUCUGGUCCCAGCUACCAGUGUGGCUGCCCGCCGAGGGACCAGCUGUGCCAUCAAUAAGGUGCUUAUGGGUGAUGUGCCAGACCGUGGGGGGCGCCCAGGUGAGCUGGAGGCGCCCAUGCCGACCUGGAAGAACCGAAGGGAAGAUGGAGGAAGGGGGAAGGCUGGCCAACAGCGCUGGGGGCGCAGAAAGAAGAAGAAGUAAAGGGUCUUGGAGGGUCGGUCGGUCGGAGGUUCUGUAGGUGCUGAUGCCGCUGGUAAUCUUUGAGAGUCACUUUUAAGGUUUUCCUUGGCCCCUAAGCCCAGCAUCCCCUGUUGUAGAGGCCCUAAACCUCUCUACACCCACCUGCCACUCAACACUAUGAACCAUGUUGUCUGAAAAUAAAUUUAAUUCUUUUGA